UACCUGGAAUGGAAUGGGAUUGGGAUAACAACACUCGAACCUUUCUCAUAGUUAUCAACUACAAAUGUUCUAACAGAGGAAAACGGAUUUGGCUCAAUGACACCAACCAGUUCAAAAUAGAUCUGAAGUCUCAAUGUCAGUCCGAUGAAGAAUGGUCGACCUUCAACUUCAACUACUCCUGCGAAUGGUUUUAUUGCAACAGACCUAAAACGCCACCACCUGGCUCUAACUUAAAACUAAAAUGGGACCCUCACAAUUGGCCAGCACACUAUGAAAUGGUCCAAUACGAAUGUGACGCUGGGGGACAAAACAAAUUUGAGUCGGAUUUUUCCAAGGGUCAAAUGAACGUCACAUGCUUGCCAAAUAACAAAUACGAUGCUCCAAAAGCAACUUCUGAUUGGCCAGUUUGCAAAAACAUUACUUAUUGCACAGAUAAGGCAAAUCCAUUGGUCCCAAAUGGAAUGGAAAUCACCAAUUGGAACAACAGUCAACGGAUACCGUUCAAAACUGAAUUGACUUUCCAAUGUGAUGAUUGGAGGGCUCACUUGGGGCACAAGAAUCGAUCCGAUUUUUGGGAUUUGCAGCCAACCUUGACAUCGACGUGCCAAUGGGAUAAAACUUAUUCCCUUGACAUUAACCAAUAUGAAUGUGUGGGUAAGCUUCACCGUCGCGUGGUUUGUAUUCAAUAUUUUUAUGUUAACUAACGUACUCGUACGUAUAUUGUCAGUUUUCCGAUGCCUCCCACUUCCUGACUUAUUGUCAAAUGGUUUGGAGCACUCCAUGGGAGGAUCAGAUGUGAAAUUGAACACCACUGUUCUGUUCAAUUGUCGGUCAAGUCCGGUUCAAACUUACUUUGAGUCUAACCGUUCCAUAACAUCUUUAACGUUGUAUUGCAACUCUGACGGGGUCUACAAAAAAGCUUUUCCUUGGCCCAAAUGCGUUGCAACUGUUCAUUGUGGGAUGCCAACUCCCAAGAAACAUUCCCAAGGAACUUUGGAGUUCUUGGAUGGGGCUAAUUUUGGAGUGGAUACCUUUGGAACACGUGUCAGAUACACUUGUGGUUUGGGUAAUGCCUUCAAUGAUAGUGGGACAAUUAUCACUCAUUUGGACUCUGAGUGCCAAUGGAAUAAAAGAUGGACGUUGAAUACCUUACCUGCUUGUGUUCCAACUCAUUGUGUCCAUCCACCACUUUUAAGUUCGGUCUACAACUUGGAGGAACGAUCCCCAGGAACCUUAACCCCCAUUGGUGAGGACAAGAUAUACGACUGCAAGUCGGGUGGACGAUGGGAGAGCGACUACUUCAAACAAACCUUCAGCGUUCCAUGUCGUUCGGAUGGAACUUUCAAGGACCCAAUGUGGGAAAAAUGCUCUACCACUGUGGAGUGCCCAAAGACAGCUCUUCCCAGUGUUCCAACAGAGGGAAAAAUGGUCCAAAAUGGGAUAAGGCAUCAAUCGGUAGAAACUUUGGAAACGCUGUUUUCGGAUCAUGUUGUGUUUGAAUGCGGGGAGGCCAGAAGAUUUCAGAAUACCCAAGGAGAUUUGUACGAACAAGCGAAUUUUCAAUGUGAAUGGAACAAGACUUGGAGCCCUUUGCCAGUCCUCGAUCCAUGCGUGUGGAUCGCUUGCAAAGGAGUCCCACAACCACCCAAAUAUGCCAAAUUGAACCUUUACAACGAGUCAAAAACCAUUUAUGAGUUUGGCGAGAACGUCAGUUACGCUUGCGCUGAGUUUCAGUGGUUCGAAUCGGAUCGUACAAAGGAUUACUUUCACGUUCCAUGUUUGUACAAUGGAUCCUUUGAAGCACCCCACGUGUCUGAUUGGCCUAAGUGUGUUUCAACCGUUUAUUGCAACAAUCCUCCAGAAAUCGUUUCCCAGGGCUUCUUGUUUCACUUAAUGGACCCUGAAAUGUUCGCCGACGCAGAACCAACUGAUGUCACCCGAGGGACUCAAAGAUUGAGACACCACAACUUUGGUUCCAUUUUAAGGUACUCGUGUCCAAUGGGCAAGUCAUUCUUGAGAUCUGAAGUUGAAACCUUGGAACUUCAUGGUCGACCGAAUUCUACUUUGGAGAAGAAUACAUAUAAUUGGAAGAACUUUACUUGUGGAUGGGACAAACAAUGGCACCCUAACAACCAUACUUUCGACGAUUGCGUUUGGACCUCGUGUAUGAACCCUCCAGAGCCACCUUUGUCUUUCAAACUUCAUCCGGUCUGGAAUGGAGAUCCUGUAUCAUUCGGCGAAGACAUUACUUAUGAGUGCGAGUCUGACUUCAUCGAUGGAGUCCUGGAUGAUCAAGGAGAUCCGUUGUUCUCUAAGCUGUUCUUCGAGAAUGAGCGUUCUCAGAAUGUGAUCAAUGUGACCUGUUUGGAGGGGGGCCUUUUUGAUAUCCCCAACAUUUGGCCCAAAUGCGUAAAAACGAUAUAUUGUGGUGCACCCCCAGCGAAAAGGCCCGAAAUGAGACUACACUGGUUGGGGGACGGGUCUUAUCAAUCAAAAAUAGUGUUCGAUUGUGGCCUGUUUUCCGAUUUCAUUACUGACGUCGAACCUCGGUCCACUUAUUCAGAACAGAGCAUGACAUGUGCUUGGGACUCAAGUUGGUCGCCACGUCACCUGGACCCUUGCCAACCUCAUUCGUGCCCGAUUGUUCCUGUUCCACCCAAAGCGUCCCGCCUCAAGUACGCCCCUAAUCAUAAGGAUGGUUCUCAGGUGGCUCAGAUCAUGGACUCGGAAUUCAUGGCUUACGAGCCCAACCCAAAGGUUGUUCCGGUUCCAAACGAGUUUUGUCAGCAUGAGUCCCAGAUCUUUCUACUAAUUGGAACCAUCCCGUGGUACAAUAGCUCGUUGGAUGAGGUGCCCAGACUCGAAUUUGAAACAGUCAAUAAUGGGUUGUCUUUGGUGAUCGAGUUCAUGAUCCACAAGAACUACCUUUUCCGAUGGGCUACCCGGUUCAAAGGAGAUCCCGAUAUCUUCAUGGGUCCCACGGGCAAACCUGGAGAUGGAUCUGUCGUUCAAUUUGAUGAAGCCUUUGAAUUGAGGAUCUUCUGCGACAUGGAUGGCUUCAAUAUUCGCUUUAACCAAAACCAACCCAUUUCUACCUUUGUGUAUGAGGUGCCAAGAAGUCAUCGCAUGACCAAGGCUGAAGUGAUCGGGAACAUGAAUAUCUUCUUCAUGGGCUUUGGAUCUUCUGAUUUGAGUCCGGUGGUACCCAUUGGGUUCAAAGCUCGUUAUGAAUGCCCCCAUGGUUUCGUCUUCCAAGAAGCCAUUCACCAUGAGCCACACAUCCAGUUGCAGUGCAAUCCAAACGGGACUUUUGGGCCCAUCAAAUGGAUGACAUGCGUUGAUCCUAUUAAUAUCUUCACGGAGUACAACUCUAAGAUUAAACCCUCAAACCAAACACCGUCGGAUCCGCAUUGUGCCAUGAAUUGUAGCCAAGCCGGCUGGACAGGUAAUGUUUUGGUAGCAGGUAGCAGGACAGCAUUGUUCCUUUUGAUUGUUAGAAGUAAAAAUUGGAUCCCCUCCGUCCCUCAACGGCGAUUAAUCUAUAAGUUUCUAGCAAUGAAGCGCAAAAGAUGAACAUAAAAGUUGACAUUCAUGUUCAUCAAAUUGCAUGAAAAGGUCCGAAAUGUGCGGCUGAAAAUAAUGGCAAAGGUCAAAAAUGCAAACAUAUAUGCAAGAAUGAAGAAAACUACGAAUAUCCUGACAAAGUUGCAUGGGGUACCCCUCACCCAUGGUAGACAUACAUAUUUUGGUUUUCGUAAUAAAGAUAUAAGAAAUAAAAAUGCAAAACAUGUCGAUGUGGGAGAACAAUCCUUUUGCAUCCUUUGCACUAUGGCCUUCAUUCAAUUGUAUAUAACUUCUUCAACAACCUUCAUGCCUUUGGUGCAUUUGAGCCGGUUUUGUUUGUUUUCAGGUUCCCAUCUUUGUAUUUUAAUUCUUGCAUAUCCACAGUUCUAGAUACCUAUGUUCAAUUGUCGAAACUUUCAGAGCGCAAAGUGCUCUUUGACGGGGGGUUGACAGCCAAAGUAGUCCUCAUUUGGUUGAAUAAUGACAACCAAAUAUUUGAAGGUUGUUCUUAUGUGUGUUUAUCAUAAUCAUGGAAACCAGCAUGUCACUUGUUGUUUGAACUUAUUUUUUUGGUUUCAUGAAUAAAUUUCAUUCUCACAAGAACUCGUUUGGGCUUCGUUUAUGUUAUCUGGUAUAGCUUGAAAACCUACACUUACACCAAAGCGUACGAGGUACAGCCAAAUGAAUAUGACAAUUUAUGAGAUAUGAUGUGGAGGAAAGAGGCUUUUAAAAGAAAGCCCUUAUCACGGAUUCUUGUGCUUAUUUCUCAGCUGAUAGUAUCUACA